AUGGCGUCCAUCCAGGACAAGCAUAGUUCUCAGGAGUUGCUCCAGGCCCAAGUUGAUCUUUGGCACCACGCGUUGGGAUUUGUCAAGUCCAUGGCACUCAAAUGUGCAAUGGAACUGCAAAUCCCCAACACCAUUCAACACCAUGGUGGGUCUAUGACCCCUUCGGAGUUGGCCAUGAAGAUCGGACUCCAUCCGUCUAAGCUUCCCCGCUUACGACGACUCAUGCGUGUGCUCACCGUAUCAGGCAUCUUUGUUGUCCAUGAACCAGCCUCGCCAGACAAGGAGGUUGUUUACGGGCUUACCCCUACCACACGUCUCCUCGUUAGCGACAAAGUUAACUUAUUUCCCAUUCUGUCUUUGAUGCUUGAUUCAACUGUCAUUUCCCCUUUCCUUGGCAUGCACUCAUGGUUUCUAGAUGAGUGCUCCACGUCCCUGUUCAAAAAGGCUCAUGGCCUAAAUGUUUGGGAGAUGGCUGACCAGGACAAUACUUACAACCAGCUAAUCAACAACGCAAUGGUUUCUGAUAGCAACUUUCUCAUGGACAUCAUCUUGAGGGAGUGUGGUGAUGUAUUUCUUGGCAUAAACUCGCUUAUUGAUGUCGCUGGAGGUCAUGGUGGAGCUGCCAGGGCAAUUACGAAGGCAUUCCCGCAAAUGAAAUGCAGUGUGUUGGAUCUCCCUCAUGUGGUUGCAGAAGCUCCUACUGAUGAGCAUGUGCUGUUUAUUUCUGGUGAUAUGUUUAAGCACACUCCACCAGCGGAUGCCCUUUUCCUAAAGUCUGUUUUUCAUGAUUGGGGCGAUGAAGACUGUGUUAAGAUAUUGAAAAAAUGCAAGGAAGCUAUCCCUCCCAGAGAUGCUGGUGGAAAGGUGAUAAUUGUUGAUAUGGUGGUUAGAUCUGGGCCAAAUGAGAUUGUAACAAGAGAGACACAGGUUUUGUUUGAUCUCUUUAUCAUGUGUUUUGAAGGGAUCGAGCGAGAGGAAUUCAAGUGGAAAAAUAUAUUCAUGGAAGCUGGGUUCAGCAACUACAAAAUUAUAGCAGUCAUGGGUGUUAGAUCUGUUAUUGAGCUCUACCCUUGA